AUGGACACUGCGUCGCCCCACUCAACGCCCAAGUCGACGGAGCGCCGGUUGUCGGCGACGGAGCCGCACGUCCGAUCCAACCCGCUCAGCUGGCUGUGCUGGGUGAUAUGCUUGAUCCUGCUGAAGCUCAUCCUCAUCGUGUCCAACAUCCUGCUUCCCGUCAUCCUGCUCGGGCAGAUGAUCAUGCUGGACAAUGUCAUAUUGCAGCAUCAUUCAUGGUCUGCUCUGGAGUGGCUGUGGCUGCUGUUUCUGCCCCAAGUGGCGCUGCUGCUGCACCUCGUGUCCACGGCGCUCAGCAGCUCCGCCCGGGAGGCCCGGGUGGGCGGACUCCAGUGGAUCAGCUACUCCUGGAUCAUAGCCAUCAUUGCAGGUGUUCUGUUCUUUGACACGCUUCCGCAGCUGACUCCCACCUUGGGUGACCCCUUCGCCCUGGAGCUGAUGACCACCCGCAGCAUCAUGACGGUGAUGUGGCUGACGCCGCUCUUCUACGCGGUGCUCACCUUCCGCACCCUGCGCCAGCUCUUCGCCACCAAGCGCGAGCAGGUGCCUGGCAAGAGGCGGGACAGUCCCACGCUGGACGCGGCGCUCUUGCAGGACAUGGUCUGGCACACCGUGAUCGACAUGAUCGACAUCGUGAACAUGAUGUUCCUGGGCUCUGCAGACCAGAUGGAAGGGGCCUCCACCCAGUUCUUGUCCUUCACGCAUCCCGCGGAGGUGCAAAGCAUCAAGAUCGCGGCGGGGGCCUUCAUCAUCCUGGCCUUGUUCUUCCACCAGCAGUCCUAUCCCAGCCUUGGCUACAUCGGGCACAAGGGCCAGGAGUGCGCUGCGCCCGACGUGGUGAAGGCCCGGAAGCGCUCGGCCAUCAUCAGCAUCCUGCUGGUGGAUCUCCCGUUCUUCACCCUGAGGACGUACAUCUACGCGCUCGCUCUUUCGGUGCCGGACACACAGUCCGUGGUCAUUGAUGGGAAGGAGGUUCAGAGGCCGCAGCUGGACAAAUGGUGGGUGAAGAACAUCCUUUGCCUGAUGCUGCAGGCGAUGCAGCUGCGAUUCGUGCAGCAGGCGGAGCAAGAGCGCUCCCAGAGCCUCCGGUGGUGGGAUCUGCGGCGCCAGGGCGAGUCGGUGCAGGGUACCCUGAGGAUGAAGAACUUGGAGUACAAUGCCAACUUGCUCAACGCCUACCGGAGAGGCGCGAACCUGUCCGAGAACAAGUUGGAGUUCGCCUUUGCAGAGAUGGGCGCCUACGACGCCUAUGACUCCUCCCCGACCCAGGCCGUCUCUGCCACCAUCGAGGAUACUGAUCAGGCCCCCGAAGACCGGACAGCGGCAGGAGAGGCGUCGCAACGCUCCUCCGAGCGUCGGAGGUGCUGUCGUUGCAGAAGAUGCUGGAGCAGAUCUAUGACCUCCUUCAACAUCUUCUGCCACACCGUCAUGGGACUUGUGCUGGGCUGGCUCGUCGCCAAAGUGGACUUCACGCAGCUGGUGGACGACAUGGUGGUGGGCCAGGGCCUGGUGCAGUGA